UUAUUUUAUUAGAGUUGCAGGUUAACAUUUUCCUCAAAGUGAAAUAAUCUGUCAGCUAUCUUUUUUGGAGAGAUUUUGAACAGUAUAGUAAUAUAGGAUCAAUACCAUUCAUAUUAAACUUCCCACUUUAUUUUUCCCCUUUAAACAAUUUUGGAAAAUGAUUGUACACACAAUAUUGGAUACACAACCAGCAUGUUACAGCUCAGGAGUAAUGUGUCAGUUUAUUUUCUAUCCAUGAUUAAUUUAUUUGUCAAUUAUUUCCAUGUUACACGAUAGUUUUGCAUUUAAUCCAAUUAGAGAUGGUUUGUACAGUGUCCCACAUCCACUGUAGAAUAGUAUAGCACAAAAAAGCAACACCUGGAGUAACUUCAUGGAAGAGACUGUGGGUUUUAGUGAUCUGAAUUCUUGGAUGGAGAAAGUAUGAUCUAAUGAUCAUUUAUUUCCUCUCAUACUUUGUGCCAAAAGUCAGUAAUAAGCAGACAAACAAAAAUUAAAUACAUCAAAAUAAAAGUUUAAAGUGUAAAAAUGACCUGAACAAAUAACUAAUUUUGAGAAAACGCAAAAGUUUUCGUUAGACCUAACUAGAUCCCAGUGAAGGUCGGGCCAACCGCUGGCACUGAAACAACGGGGUCUACACCGGAGUUCUGCAGGGUUUUUUUCUCUCCAUCCACCAUUUCAAGUUGCAGCCCUCGUGUGUUCGUCGAAUGCUACCAGUAUUUUCACUUUGACGUUACUGCAUGAGGUGUAGACGCUGUGGUUUCAUCAGCUCAAGUCAAGAAGGUCUUUUGAGACACCAUCAACUUAGGCACAAAAAAGAAACACUCUGGCCCUGUGUCUUCAGUGACUGUGUGUGUACCUUCAAAACACCUGGUGCGUUAAAAUCUCACCUAACCAGAUCACAUUGUAGGAGUGAAAAAAGAGAGGAGACAGCAACUUUUUUUUGUGAAUUGUGUGAGUUUAGAGAAAUUUGUACUCAACGUACUUUUUUCACUCAUCUUGGACAUCAUCUAAAGAAUCAGGAAACUGUUCAUUGCCCUUUUCUGCACUGUGAUUUUAAAAGUAACAAUUUUAAAACUUUUAGCUCGCAUAGAAGUAGGAAACACAAAAAUACAAAGGGAAUAAGAAAUUGUUUUAGAAGUAAUCCUGAAAAAGAAACUUUUGUUACUGAGCCUCAUGUACUUGACCAGUCCAGUAACUCUGAGGUAGUGGCCUUACCAAGUAGUUCAAGAGCAGAUUCCAGUGAAAAUGGUGGGGAAGACUUUGUAGAAGCCGAGACUAUUGAACAUAAACUUGCAUCUCUUUUUCUGUGCAUGCAAACCGUAUUGCAUGUUUCUAAAAGUGCAGUACAGAAAAUAAUUGAAGAAUUGAAUGAUAUUCUGCAUUUUUCUAAACAGCAUUCCCACGAAAGAGUAAGACAAAUACUUACUGAACACAAUAUUAAAGUGGAUGAUAGUGUUGUUCAAGAAGUCACUGAUGCAGUAUUCAAUACAAAUCCAUUAAUUGUGACGACUGAAGCAAAAGGUGUAUUGUCCACAGAUCACAGGAGGAAUCUUUAUUUUAAAGAUCAUUUUCCUGUAAUUGAUCCAACUGAAUACAUAUAUAAAAGAACCCACAGAAACACCUUUGUUUAUGUCUCUGUUAUUCGGGUUCUGGAGAAUUUAUUGAGACAGCCAGAUUUUUCAGAGAAAUUAGUAUUCAAUCGAGAAGAUAAACCUGGUCAUUACUGGUCCUUUCGAGACGGUCGAUACUUCAAAGCAAAUAGACUUUUGGGAGUGGAAGAGACCAGUAUUUCUAUUGGGCUAUACAUUGAUGAUUUUGAAGUAUGUAACCCUUUGGGAACAUCUAGAAAAAUUCAUAAAAUUACUGCUAUCUAUUGGGUUGUGCUUAAUUUACCAUCAAAAUUUCGAUCUACACUACCCUUAAUUCAGCUUGCUGCUCUUGGAAAAAGUGCUGAUGUCAAACUUUUUGGUUAUGAGGCAUUUUUUUAUCCACUAAUUGAGGAUAUCAAGUGUCUUGAAAGAGAUGGAGUGUAUGUUGAAGUUCUAGAUAAGUUUGUCAAGGGAACAGUAUUUUGUGUCUGUGCAGAUAACCUUGGGGCUCAUAGUCUUGCAGGCUUUUCUGAAUCUUUUAAUGUAGAAAAAUUUUGCAGAUUUUGUUGCCUUAAUCGUCACCAAAUAGGAACUGUUGAAGCACGGGAUUUUCCAUUAAGAACUGUAGAACAACAUGAUCAGUUUGUGGCAGAGUUGAAAUCCAGUGAUAAAGACAGUGUGAAUGGUGUUAAAGGUGCCUGUGCUCUAAGUGAACAUUUGUCCUACUUUCACCCAGUCACCGGGUUCCCCCCUGAUAUUUUGCAUGACUUCUUUGAGGGUGUAAUUCCUGUUGAAUUAUGUUUGUGUCUUAAAGAUCUAAUUAAAAAAGGAUUUAUUACACUUGAUGGACUGAACAGCCGCAUAAAAUUAUUCCCAUAUAAAUUUUCUGACAAAGUUAACAAGCCACAACAAAUUACAAAGGCCAGCUUUGGAAAGGGAAGAAUAAGUGGCAAUGGACAUGAAAAUUGGACACUUUUACGUUUGCUUCCUCUUCUGAUUGGGAGUAGUAUUCCAGAACAGGAGGCCUCAUGGGAAAUAUUAAUGGACCUUAAGGAAAUUGUUGAGAUUGUUCUGUCCACUACUCUGUCAGAGGAAAUUCUGUGCUACUUGGAGAGUAAAAUAUCUGACCACCGGAAGCUACUUCUUGACACCUUUCCUGACUUUAGGUGUCUGCCAAAACACCACUUUAUUGAACAUUAUGUACAUCUCAUAAGCUGCUUUGGACCUCUUGUGGACUUGUGGACUAUUCGAUUUGAGUCGAAGCACAGCUUCUUCAAAAAAGUGGUGCAUGAUGUUCUCAAUUUCAAGAAUGUGCUUCUUACCUUGUCUUCUAAACAUCAGCAAAUGAUGGCGUACUACCUUGAUGGACAAGAUCUGUUCAAACCUAAACUGCAUGUAAGCAAUGUUGACACAGUUAAUACAACAUCAUUGGAAGAAAAACUUAGGAAGGUGAUUGAAAAGAAGUUUCAUAAUCAAGAUACAGUGUCCCUUGCCAAAGAUGUCUAUAUAUACGGAACUCGGUAUACAAGGGGCAUGAUUGUUUCGGCUGGACAAUGCAGUGGAUUACCGGAGUUCCACAAAAUACUGAACAUUGUUGUCAACUUUGAGAAAGUUUGUUUUGUCACUUCAAAGCUCUCCUCUUGGUUCAUGGAACAUUACAGGUCUUAUGAAGUCAUUGACAAUGGCUAUGCAGAUAUAGAAAUCCUGGAGACAAAGGAUUUGAAUGAUUACCACCCAUUGGCUGCAUAUACAGUAACUGGAAAGUUGAUGGUGACCGCAAGGACUUGCCUACUGCACUAAAUGACAUGGCUUUGUUACUUCGAGUACACAUCAACCCAAAACUUGUCCGGAAAGUCCACCUAACUGCAAACCCUGAAUCUGUCCAGCAGCUUCAAGAUGAACUUAGAGAAAAACUUCAACUUGAAGGUGAAUUCUGCUUGCAAUAUGAAGACCCAGAUUUUGGUAACGCACUUUGCAAUUUAAUGGAAAUUGCUGAGUUGCCUGCAGAAAGAGCUGUCUUACACAUUCUUUGGAAUAAGGAAUCACAGGGGCCGUCUCAAGCAUCUGACAUCUCUUCCCUUGAUACAGCCAGUGUCAGUUCAGCAGCCUCCUCCCACAGCUCAUCUUCGAUUAUUCGGAACAUUAUGUGAGACUAUUC